AUGCGAACACAAAACCCAGCCGCGGCAGCUGAUUGUGGCGGCAGGAUGUGUAGCUUCUUCAGCAUGUCAUCAUCCUCUUCUGUUCACUUCCGUCCAACUCCAUUUCUCUCAUCUCCUCAUCUCUCUACCGCUCUUCCUCAUCCCCAAUUCACGAGAGGAGCUUGGGGGCAUGGUAAUUUGUUGGUUCAAGUGAAUUGCGUGUCAGACCGCAGGGAGCAGACUACCGAGUCCAAAUUGGGAUCGUCCUCUUCGAGUUCUUCUAUGGAAUCUUCUUCAUCUUCUUUUGUCAAUGACGUUGUUGAUGACGCGGGCAUCACGGCUUACAAAUGGUGUGCGGCUCUCGGAGGAUUUGGGUUCCUUGAGACAGCAUAUUUGACUUACCUUAAGCUCACGGAUUCGGAUGCCUUCUGUCCCAUGGGAGGAGGAUCUUGCACUACCAUCCUCACAAGCGCCUAUUCAUCCAUUUUUGGCAUUCCUCUUCCAUUAUUUGGCAUGCUUGCGUAUGGUUUAGUCGCAACUCUUGGUUUACAAAUGGAUGCAAAGAACAGGCCUUUCGGUGCUAAGAAAACAGAUGGUGAAAUUGUUUUAAUUGGAAUAACGACCUCUAUGGCAGUUGCUAGUGCAUAUUUCUUGUAUAUUCUCAGAACUGAAUUUGGUGGGGAGUUGUGUUUAUAUUGUUUGGCAUCAGCCGUACUAUCCUUCAGCCUAUUUUUCAUCACCCUAAAGAAGUUUGGGAUAAAUGAACUUCAAAGAAUCUUGGGCUUACAACUAGUCAUUGCUGGCGCUGUGGUUAUUGCAUUGACUGCAUCUUAUAAUGGCACCCAAUCAAUCUCCAGCAGCAUGACGGAGACUGAAAUACCAUAUUUCGAUACUGAGAUCACAAAAGAAUCAAGUCCUAUGGCUAUUGCUCUUGCCAAACAUUUACGUGCCAUUGGAGCAAAAUUGUAUGGGGCUUUCUGGUGUUCGCAUUGUCUAGAUCAGAAAGAGAUGUUUGGGAGGGAAGCAGCAAAGUUAUUGGACUAUGUUGAAUGUUUCCCUGAUGGAGUAAGCACCGGAACUAAAAUGGCGCACGUCUGUUCAGAUGUUAAACUUCAAGGGUUCCCCACCUGGGAAAUAAACGGCCAGAUUAUGAGUGGAGAGAAGCAGUUAUCAGAGCUUGCUAUGUUAGCCGGUAUCAAACUUGAAGAUUCAAGUCCACCGAACUGA